AUGUCCGACCUCUCCGACGUGAAAAAAGGCAUGAUUAUUGGGGCUUGUUUCGCUGGAGCGUCCUCAUCCGGAACAGCCAGUCUUGUGGAUAUUUCAAGGACCACUGUAUCAAGGAAUCAUGUUGAAUCUCAACCUCAUGAAGCUCCAAAAGGUCCACCAGUUACAGUUUUUGUCGGAAACAUUACUGACAGAGCUUCAGAUGCUUUAGUUCGACAAAUAUUGCAGCGAUGUGGAAUAGUUCUGAAUUGGAAGCGAGUUCAAGGGGCAAAUGGGAAACUGCAGGCCUUCGGGUUUUGUGAAUAUGGCGAUCCAGAAUCUGCUCUUAGAGCAAUGCGAUUACUUCACGAUUAUGAACUUGGAGAGAAGAAAUUAGUUGUUAAAGUAGAUGGUAAAACCAAGGAAAAAUUAGAUGAAUAUAAAGCUAACAAACUUUCAAAAGUACAAGAUGAAGAUGAGAAAAAAACUGAAGAGAAAGAGGAUAGUAAUAAAGAAGAAGGUGAAACCAGUGAUGAUGCAUUAGAUGAGAUGACAAAACAAAGAGAUAACACAAUUAUGACCAGCCUACAAUUAUUGGUCAAUGCUCAUGCACUUGAACUGAAAAAACCAUCAGAUGAUAAAGAUAUUCCUCCUCCAUUGCCUGUAGUCGUUCCACUGGACAAACCACAGAAUUCAGGUAACAACAGUCCAAAACCACGAAGUGACUAUGAGAGAUUGAAAAAAAAUGAACUGGAUGAAAUGGAUUUAGAAGAAGAUAAAAAAUCUCUUAUACAUCGAGAAAUUGAUAAAUUCCGGGAUACUUAUAAGAGAGCAGAAGAAGAAAAAGAGAAAGAUAAGGAGCGCCGGCCACGUCGAAGAGAGUACGAAUCACCUGAACCUCGUUCUCGAGAUCGGGAGAGAGAAAGAGAUAGGGAAAGAGACAGAGACCGAGAAAAGAGGUGGUCAAAGGAACGCUCUCUCGGCAGAGAAGAAAGAAUUUCUAGAAGACGACGUAGUAGAGAGCGGGAAAGAGAGCACAAAUCUCCUAGGGAGUCUCCUGUUGUUACAAGGGAGCACAGAGAAAGAUCAAGAGAGAGACAACCUGAAAGGACGAGAUCAGAUUCUAGGGACCGUGUAGAAUGGAAUCGAGAAAGAGAUCGUACAGAUGACAAACCAAAGGAAAAAGAGCACGAUAAAGAUGAUGAUGAUGAAGCCUAUGAAAGGAAAAAGCAAGAAAGGAAAAUCAGGGAAAAGGAAGCUGUUUACCAAGAUCGUCUACGUAAUUGGACGGCAAGGGAGAGGAGGAAAGCCAAAGAAUAUGAAAAAGAAAAAACAAAAGCUGAUGAGCAGAGAAAAGAUGAAUCAAAAGAAGCUAGAAGAUUAAAAGAAUUCCUAGAAGAUUAUGAUGAUGAAAAAGAUGAUCCUAAAUAUUUCAAAGGAAGUGCUCUUGCUCGGCGAUUGAAAGAGCGGGAGAAGGAAAUUGAGGAAGAUAUAUUAGAUCGUCAGAAAGAGAAAGAAGAAUUGGAUGAAUUAAGAAAAAAACUUAUUGAGGAAGGACAUCCAGAUCCCGAAGCUGAAGUUGAAAGACUGUUGCUUGAAGAAAGCCGAAUAGUGGAACAACCAAGGAUAGAAUCCCCUGAAUCUGAACCAGAACCUGAAGUUCAACCUUCACCUAUCAAAAUGAAACCUAUAACAAAGACAAUAUCUUCGCCACCUGAAGAAAAAGAAGAAAGACUAGUUCAGAAAAGGACUAUUGUGGAAGAUGAUAUUUCUCAAAAUAGUUUUUCAGGCUUUUCUGAUGUUAUUGCUCAACCUGAGGAAGUGAAGUUAAUGGGAUUUGCUAGCAUAAGGCUUGGUGCAAGCCCAACACAAAAUUCCAGUCCAGUUCCAACUAACAAUCAUGCAAUUAGUAAAAGAAAAGUAACAACUGUAGAUGAUGUUUUCAAUGACAAUGAUGAAGAAGCUGAACCUAAGAAGAAAAGAAAAUUAAUACCUUUGGAUGAUAAUCAUGAAGAUGAUUUGAACAAAAGUCCUAAUUCUGUGUCACAAAUGACUAUUGAAGAAAAAAGAAAACACAUAAAAAAUUUAAUAGAAAAAAUUCCAACAGAAAAAGCUGAACUGUUUGCUUAUAAUUUAGAUUGGACUGUCGUAGAUAAAAUCCUAAUGGAAAAAAGAAUCCGCCCUUGGAUUAAUAAAAAAAUUGUGGAAUAUAUAGGUGAAGAGGAACCAACAUUAGUUGAAUUUAUCUGUUCUAAAAUAAUGGCUGGUAGUGCAGCGCAAAGUAUUUUAGAUGAUGUUUCAAUGGUCUUAGAUGAAGAAGCUGAAGUUUUUGUUGUGAAAAUGUGGAGGCUACUCAUUUAUGAAAUAGAAGCUAAAAAAUUAGGAUUAGUUUGUAAAGCUGAUGCCACUCAGGAAAAUUCCAUUCAAGGCAAAACAUGAAAUUGACUUCAACAUUCUUAGGUGAAAAUGUUUCUCAGUUCAGGCUAAUACAAGACGUGAAGCCUGCCUAAUAACUGCAAUUCUGCAUUGUAAUUAUAUCAUCACAUGAACUUCCAGAGAAAAAUCUCUGUACAUUAACCAGUUAUUGUAAUGUGUGUAUAAAGUGAAAAAAAAGGACACAAUCAAUGUCUUUUGAAAACUUAUUUUUAUGUUCAUUAAAUGUUCUGUUCUUAA